ACGCGGUCGAGGCCGUACUUUGUUGUAAAGCGAGGCUCUCCUCGAAAGUUUGGCGCUUUUAUUUUUAGCUUUUCCUGUCUCGCUUUCAAGCGUAAACACCAAGCACUACUUUAUUGAUCAUUCAUGGUCAAUUUUGACCCGCUAGGAUCACACGGGUCUUCCAGUUGCAACACAAUGGCGACGGAUUCCGCGGAAACAUUGCCUAGCGAGUCCAUUCAACAACAAAUCUUGGUUUCUGAGCAAGUUACAGCGCCUGAAGGUUUUCAAAACGCGAUCUCUUCGAACAUUCCCACAACAAUUCAAACUAUUCCUCAGCAAAAUGGGGAAAUUGCUACCAUUUCGACCUCGACUUUAGCCGAGACAAUGGCAACUUCAGAAGCGAUCAUGGCGACUGAGAGUAUUUCGGUUGGGACUCAAGAAGCUUCGUCGUCAUUGAGUGCGCAAGAGAUCGUGGACAGCAUCCCUCAAGUCCAGGAACACGAUUCCGUCCCAGGAUCACAGCAGAGUUUAGUUAUUUCAGCUGAAAAUGUCGCGAUUGGAACAAGCGCUUCACUUGACGCUUCUCCGCAUCCGCAGAUAGCCUCAAAUUAUCCCUGGGCUGCCCGGCUUCACGAUUGCGAGCUCAUAGGGGAUUCCUAUAGGGGUUAUGUGAUGAACGAGGUGGAAUUGGACUUGAUCUUGACCUUACAUAAACAGCACACCAGCAGUUGCUGGGGUACGAGACAGUCUCCAUCAUCAGCUAAACCAUCCAUUCGGCUGAUGUGGAAAUCUCAGUAUGUACCAUAUGAUGGGAUACCUUUCUUGAAUACAGGUGCACAGUUUUUUUUAUUUAUGUUGGGAUAAAAAACCGAACUCUGAAUUAUGAAGCCCUCUCAGGGGGGUGGGGAUUUGAAUGACCCCCCUACACCCACCCAUGUGUUGGUGCUUAAUUUCUUCAUUGCUGUCGCAGUUUCAACAAACGAAGGCCAUGCUCUUGCAGAGCGUGGUGGUCCCUGAUGCUUAAUUUUUGCUCCUGUUAACCAGAAAAUCUGAGUUUUUUCAUAGAGAUCCUAUGCUGAGCACCCCUGAUAUUUCACAGGUUCAGAACACUGGGCUUUUUUCAGUUUUUUAAGAGCACAGUCUUGCCAAUCCUUGUCUCAUUUGUCACUGUUUCUUCUAUUUUGUGUCACUUGUAACGUUUCAAGGCCAUGUGGCUUGUCAGAAUUUAACCCUAACUGGGCCUUUGUAAACUGUUAUGAAUGGAAGAUACCAUUUUGUCAAAUCAGUUACCCUAAAUUUCUCCCCUCUCCUCCCUACUACCCCUGUGUGCCUGCCACAUAUGUAUACGGGAGGAAGAUUUUGAUCUAACUGCAGAAUUAUAUUACUGUAUGUUUGCAGUGUGAGGGAUUUUGAAGAGGAUGAAAUCUCUGUAUCGUUGUAUUUUAAUGAAUUUUUUUAUCCUGCAGCUCUUGCAAAAUGGAUUGGAUGACAAUUUUGUCCAUUUUUGGGCAGCUCUUCCCAAUCUCAUGGUCCAUUAUUUUGACCGAGUUAACGUAAUUUGUUAUUGUGUGCUGCUGGCUAGUUAAGGCAAACAUACCUUGCACUGUCUGUGAAAAGAAAGUUAGACCAGAGUUCUUCCAUUGUCUAUUUGCAUGUCUUUGUGGCACAAAGUGGCUAAUGGCUAUUAUUGUUGUUGUUGUUGUUGUUGUUGUUGUUCUUCUUCUUCUUCUUGUUCUCCUUCUUCUUCUUAAUUGUCUUUAAGUCACUAGGAUAUUGCUGUUUUAGGUCAAAUCUGGUCUGAAGUCAUUACUGACAGCCUUUAUCUAAACACAAAAUGCUUCUGUAGAGUUACAGCUUGUAUGUAGAAGAUAUCAAACUGAGAUUUCAUCAGGGAGCGCUAAAGUUGGUCCAACUUUUUCAAGUUUCAAUUACAGGGUAUCCAUCCUUGCCAUUUGUAGCAACAAACAACAGGAAACAGUUCCAAUGCUGACUAUAUUCUUCAAUUACAAAACUGGAACAUUAUUUUAGAAUUCAAUUGAUGAGAAGGAUUUAAUUAGCUUUUCUAAAAAAUAGUAAAUAGCACGACAUAGCUCCUUUAAAAUGUACUGUAAAGUACAGUCUAACCUCUCCUUAUGGACAUCUCUAUAAUGCCGACACUUCUCUAUUACGGACAGUUUAUUUGGUCCCAGAAAAGCCAAAAAUUAUACAUUCCCUACCUCUAUAAUACCAACACCUCUGUAAAGUGGACUCUUGGUUCUAUCCCUUGGAUGUCCGUAUUAAAGAGGUUUGACUGUAUGUAUAAUACUGCAAAAUUCCAAAAAUAAGCCCCAGAGCUUUUUUUUUUCAAAGGCCCUUUUUAAGGGGCUUAUUUUCGGAGGGGCUUAUAUUGGAGGGGCUUAUCUACGGAGGGAAAUUUGCAUUUCAAAAUCAAUUGGGCUAGCCUUAUAGUUGGAAGUAAAUGUACCAUUUGUGCUUUGUUUUACUUUGUCUUUGAGGACAAUUUUCCAAGUACAAGCCCCUGGGAGGCUUAUAUUCGGAGGGGCGAUUUAAUGGAGGGUUUUUUGCUUAUACUUGGAGGGGUAGCCUGUACACAGACGUCGCCCCUCCCUCAGAAAAAAAUCGGAAGAAGAGAUGUCUGUGAAUCGCCGUCGUUAAUCAUGUUCCGGUAUACAUUUGCAUAAAUUAUUUUUUGUUGUUGUUUCAUCUGACAGUUGAAAAGGUGUUGACAGACCAACACCACUGGGGACUCUUUUAGAGCACGUAUGCAGUUAUUCUCUUGGAUGUUCUCAACAUUAUUUUAUUGCUAAGCUAGGCUCUAACUAGAAUAUCUAGCUAAAAUGUUAUUUAAAAGAGUAUUUCAUGCUUUUGAAGGUUUUUUUUGUUUUUGAAGUGUGUUUUUUUUUUUAGCUCAUAAAGUCUGUCUGUUACUGUACAUCGAUUUCCUGUGGUUUUUGGUUUGACAGAAUUUUGAUCUCGGAAGGUUGUUUACAUUUCCAGUCAAGCGUUUUAUGCAGGAGUUGAUCCAUUGGAUGAUUUUGAGUAGGUUUCAUGUAAAGGAUCCUUCACUUCUCUUCAGCAAGAAACUACAAUAGCCUUACUUUUGCCUAAUUCUCUGAGUCAUGACCGGCACGUGUAGGCCAAAAAAUAGCCCUGGCGUCUGUACACAGGCUAGCCGAACAUCUUCACGCAAUGUCCAUGCUAAAAUCCAGAUAUAAGAUCUCUGAUUAAGCGUUGAUUUCUGUACGUCCACCCGCAACCUUUGCAGCAAACAUUGGUGGUCUUAAUUUCACAUGCCUAUUCCAGAGGGCGGGUUGUUCCUCAUAUACCAGAGACCUGAAAUCCAAGUAAACAAAUAUAAAUGCGGUAAACUGUCUACAAAGACUGAGUUUUUCCCCGGGGAAUCUAUUCUGAGAUUCAUUCACCAAUCCCAACACCGGAAAUUAUUUGCAUAAUGGGAUAAACAUUACAACCAAUCAGGGGCUGUCCCCAACAUUACGGGGAAACGGGAACACGAUUAUCGUCGGCGAUUCACAGAUGUCCCUUCUCCCGAUUUUUCCUGAGGGAGGGGGGACGUCUGUACACAGGCUAAUGGAGGGGCUUAUUCUCGGAAUUUUACGGUAUAUUAAUGUAGGACAUCCCCUAUUGUUUUGUUUUGUUUGAAAAUCAUCCCCUUUUCCUACAUAUAUCCUUGGCAGGAGAUAUGAGACUGUUUGAUAAACAUUGUGUUGACACAAACAAAAUUUGCCAUAGGCCGACGAGCAACAGUUAUGGAAUGUCAGUAUGGACCAAGAAGAAAAGGAGCUGUAAACAAGAAGCAGCCUGACUAUAAUGAACAUGGCUCCCCAGUAAAGAAGCAUCGCCCUACUUGUCCUGCCAGAAUUUAUAUCAAGAAAGUGCGCAAAUUUCCAGAGUUCAGAAUAGAUCCUACUAUGGAUGCCAAGCAUGUGCGACAGGCCCAGGAGAGAGCACUAACAGCACUAAGGCUGGCAGGAGUAGACAUUGGCGGUGAGGAAAGGUACAGUACUAUCAACAUACUAAUCAUGAAUUUGAGGUUACUCUGCAAACAUGUUGAGUGUGAUCACCCAAACUAAGUGCACAAAGAAUCUCAUAGAAUUUCUAGGAGAUCAAAUUGAUGAUUAUCAGUGCUCCAAACUCUUUUUAAAGUUGACUUUUGGCGGCUAGGCUGCAUCGUCACCAAAAUGGCCCUCGGGGAUGUUUAUGCAGACAAGUAAAUUUCACCACCAAGCCAGGAAGUGGUGAAAUUUGUCAUUUGACAUAAACAUGCAUAUGGGGUAUUCCCUAGCCCAAUCACAAAAUGAACUAGCCCCCAUUCCGUUUCCCCAGAAAUUCAGUAUGCCUAACGAGUAUUCACCUCUAAACUGAAGGCCUCUUUCUUGCUAUAAAGGUAUGUUACACAUUUGGUCUUUUGGUGCCUGUAGACUGCUUGUAGUCUACUCAUGAUUACUAUAGUAUAUACUUAAUGGCAUCAACUUUAUCUUAGAUUGGUACAUUUGCAGGUACUAUGUUGAACUACCACUGCUGCUAGCUCACGACCACUACUGACAGUAUAUAUUAUCAUAAUGGUGUCAAGUUUAUCUUAGUUUUAUGAAUUUCCAGAUACUAUGUUCAACUACCACUUCCGCUAGCUCACGAGUACCACGAUAUUGAUGAUAUACCCAUGGAUCCUGAAGAGAGUGCCGAGUCCCAGGGUCAGCGCCUUAAUCCUGAAGUCAUGAAUAAGAUUCGUGAACUAGUUGCAAGAGGUGUGAGUGGGAUAUACACUGUUAAACACUGCUUGAAGGUGUUUGUGGAGAAGGAAUUGUUUGCAAAUGUGGAAGCACCAGCCAGACAUAACAGGUCAUAUUUCCCUACCAUCAUUGAUAUUCAGAAUCAUAUUCAUCAAGCUCAGAUGGCGCUCGCCACUGGAAGUCUCAUGCCUCUUCCUCCGGUGAGUUAUAUGAUGUUAUUUUCUUUAUGUGGGGUUAAAUAAUUAUUAUGCAACUUCAUGUGUGCUGAUUGGCCGAGAGCUACUUUUGUAUUAAAGACCAUGGAAAUAAUGUGAUGGCAAAUUUCUCAGUUGUUUCUUUCUUGUCGUGAAACAGAAUAUCGUGAACUGAUGUCACAAUCAUUCCCAGUCUCCUGUUUUCAGUUGUGUGGUUUUGUACCUCACCGAAAGUGGUGUUUCACUUCCUUGGCAUGUCAAAACACCAAAAAGAAAAAUCGAUGUCAAAAAAUUGUUUUAGGUAUAUCCUUAUCAGGACACUGUGUAGAUUUUAACAAGCAAGUUAAAAAAUUCUGUUUUUACAUUUAAAUUUGUUUCUUUAAGCUCACAAAUUUCCCUCAAAGUUAUCUGCAACUCAAGGAGAAAACCCGUAAGAGAAAGCACACACCAGAAAAACUCUCACAAUCAUCACAGACCUCAACUGAAACUAUCACAAGCAUACAGCGGCAAUAUUCCUCUGCAAGGAUGACGUCACAAGAUCAGGAGCAGCUACUCCAUCAGGUAUAUAAUACAUAGUGUCAAACCUCAUAUAAGCGACCACCCAAAAUGUGAAGACUUAGUGGUCGCUUAUGGAAGGUGGUUGUUCACAAGAAGCAAACCACAGGGGGUCUCUUCUUAGAAGUGGUUCGGACACAUCUACUUUAUCAAAGAUAAUUUAUUGCAUGGAAUUUCUAAGUUGCAUUAUGUGUAGUGCCAUGUUGAUGCUAAAAGUUUUUCUUAUACUCUAAGUAACAUGCAAUGGAGGACAAAAAUCCUUUGAACGGUUAUGGAAAACCUUCCUUCCAUAUCCUUAACUUAUCAAAUGUUCAGAUGUAGCAUAAUAUGCAGUUCUCUAACCACUUGGAUACUGCGACUGGCCCUCCCCUCCCCCCUCCAAACAAUGUUGGGAUGAAGAAACACUUUUAGAAUGGGAUAAAGUGUACAGGGGUGCACAAACUACAACAUUGAUUGGGGGGAGAGGAGGGGGAAAGGGGGAAAAAUUAAGGCAGAUCGUGUUAAUUGUCCUAAGAAUUUUGUCCUCUAUUGUAGUAGAUACAGUGAACAUAGAGAUCAGACCAUGCACAUAGUGGUCACCUACAAAAGGUUAAAAACAAUGGAAAAUUAGUGAGCCCUAAAAUGUGGUCACUGUCACUUACAGAGGGGGGUUGUUUAUAAGAGUUUCCAACUGUACAGUAAGUGUUUGUUUGGCAGGGGAAUUUUUGGUGGUUCAAUUCUCAUGGGAGGUGGUUGCUAUUAGAGGUGGUCGCACAUGGUGGUUUGUUUUUACUGUACAGUGUAUCUCCUGGAAAAGGAGAAUGCUUGAAUAUUUGGUUGCCAUUGAAAAAGUGUCCACCUCAAGACCAAACUAGCAAAAUAAGAAAUGCCUGCCUAGAAUAAGUUCCUACCUCCCUCUCACCUUCUAACACAGCAACGAUGUUAUCAUUAAGAAAGCCUUCUUUUGCACUUUUAUCAAAUAAAAUCAUCAAUCUAGAGUUUCAGGGAAUGUUUAAUAAACAUCUCAAUAAGCGGCCCUCUCAAGCACCAAUUCCUUUUUCACUAAAAUGCCUGUCAAAUUUUGUCCAUAGCGCCUUUGAAGAUUGUCCCAUCUCAGACAAAAUGUAUAAAAUUGCAACAAACUAUUUGUAUUGGUCAAAUGUUGGUGAUGACAGAAAAUUUGUCAAAAUAAACAGCUUUUUCACUAGUGGGGAUUGGCCCAUGGUUACUAAAAUGGUAAAAUUAAAUAAUGAUUAUUUUACCAUUUUUACCAUUUUUUGUGAUGUUUAACAGGCAAGCAGAGAGAAUUACCAGGGCAGUGAACAGGCACACCAGCUUGGAAUCAUUCAGGGUACUGACGGACAAGCUACUGAAGUCGAUCUUUCUAAUCAGCAUCAGAUUCUCAUCACACAGGGCUCUGGAUCAGGACGAGAUGAAGGUCAGAGAGAAACUUUUUACUUUUGAUGGCCCAUGUUAUGUAAUUUGCUACAUGAGUGGGCCAUUUCCAAACAAAUUUACAAAUGUGCACUACAGCAGUAUAUAGGAUGUAUCUAGGAUUUUUAUUGACAGAUCUGUCCCUGUUUGCAGUUUGAGUGAAAGCAAGUGUUAAGUAAUUUUAUUGUACAUGAAUGUAUCAGUAUGGUUAUUAUCAUCCAUUACUCCUUUUGUAUUUACUGGUUAUUCAUACCCAAUACCAUCUUUUAAUGUUUUAAGCAGUUAUUAACAUUUCACUCAAUUUAAUGGCAAUUUUCACUGUUUGAAUAGAGUGCAAGCAGUCGAGCACGUUUGCUCAAAAAUCUGUGAGGGAGUAGAGUAUGUGACUAUUUGAGCGGCAAAGCCAUGAGCAGCAGGUUUUGUGGAUGCCAUUAUGAGCACAAAGAGAGACUCUGUUUUUGCGGGGACUGGCAAUACACAACACACUGCUCUCGGCUUCUCUACUCAAAAAAUCACAUAUCACAAUUGAUCACAGUUUUUGGAGCAAAAGAGAGACUGCUCGCAGUCUGCUCGCCCAUUUUACAUAAAAAACUCCAUCGCACAUGUUUGAUGUCUCCUAUUGUAAUUGUGUUCCAGGUCAAGUGGUCAUUGUAGUGAAUGCAAGCAGUUUCUUUUCUGGUCAGUCUGAUUCAGAUACACCAGCAACACUGUCCCUAACCAUACCAGCUUCACAAGUGGCCAGCCUAAGCCAUGCAUCUUUACAUUCAGCCGCCGGUGCCCAGGCAGUAACUUUAAUCCCAUCGCAAACUGAUGCACCACCCCAGACUUCAGGAUCAGCUACAACGUCUCCCCAAACUGUCACGUUUAUACCACAGGUGGCUGAGAACAGUCGCAGUGCGGUGGCCUUUUUAACAACACAGCAAAGUGAUAAUACUAGUCAGGUUCCUGUCUCAGCAGCUUAUCUCGCUACCCAUGGACAGACAAGCAACAUUUUAAGUAUGUUGGAUUCUGCACUGCAGGCAUCUUCACCAGGGUCUGCUCCGAUAAUAAGAGUUGGUAGCAGUGCCGGAGUAGUUCCAGCAACUGACAGCAGCCAAUCAACAGAUGCAAGUAAGACACAGAUUUAUAGAUGUUGUGAUUCAGUUUUAUCCAUGGUUUGAAGUUUAUGUUCCUUUGUCUAAAUAGAUGAUAUUACAUAGCCGCGCAGACGUACAAAAUUUCUUUCUGAGUGUUGAAAUUAAUAGUUCACAAGUGAUCGCAGUGAACGAGUGAAAUAUCUUUGAACACUCAGAGAGAAAUUCUGUGUCUCCAAGUGGCAAAAUAAUGUUCUAUUUUAUUAUCUGCAUAUAGACACCAAUGAAAUACUAAACCAUGUCACUUAAAUAUUUUUUUGCUAUGAUAGGCGCAACUUUUCAUAUAGUCAUAGGAGUGGUCACUGUUGAUCUUUUCACAUGUGAAUUAAGUUGUGGGAAAGCUCACCUGGUAUUUCAUUGGUAGUUAUAUAAUAUAACUUAUUAUUUUGUAUACCACCAUGUCCCUACAAAUGCCAAAAAUACAACAUAUACACCACAGAUAAAACAACAGCAAAGACAGAACAUACCUCCUGUUUUUUCGUAGCAGAAGAAGAAAAUUAAUGGUUACAAGACUUAGUGAGAAUUGGCCACUUCCCUUCAACCAGAUUUUAAUCGACUGUUUUCUUUCCAUGCACUUCUAAUACCUUUUGUGCUAUAUUAAGAGGCUAAAAGUGUACUAUUUUUGAGUUACAUGUAAUGGUUAAUGUACAGUUUGACAGCGAGGAACCACCAUCUGAGUGGUAUUCAAUCUAGAAUUCGAUGGAGGAGGCUUUUUGAUAAUGACAUCUUACAGCAAACCUACCCGAAAAAGCGUACAUCUCACGGUUUUUUAUAAAACUUAACUUGGUAACCCAGUUGUCACCCCAAGUACAGCAUAAUCUUGAUCUGUUCUGGUCUCUGCGUUUAAUUCCCAUCACUGUGUGCAUUGUGCUGCCUGUGAUAUCUUUGAAUUCAAGGAUCUAACAGUUUGAAAUACCACUGACAAUACGGCUUUGAAAUAAAAAAAUAUUUGUCUUCAUUGUCGAGAGUUUAAAAUAAUUUGAAUGGCCAUGAAACAAUACCAGGCUGUUUGAAAAGCGGAAGGGACCAUUCCAGGUUGAGGGUUGCUAAACCUUGCUCCAGAAUCUCUGACUUAUUAUGAACUUCUUAUACGCACUCUCGCAAGAUAUUUUUUCGUAGGUUAUGGUACCGUAAUUAGCCACUCUGACCAAUCGCAACGCGCUGACAAGAAAUUGAACCGAUCAAAACUCAAAGAAAUGCCGCGUAGCCACCGCCUUCCCUAAGCGCGGGAAGAUGGGUACUGCUUUUGAUUUCUCUUAUUUGUUAUUGGUUAAGAAAGAUGUGCAAGAUAGUUUAACCAAUCACAGAGCAUGGCAUGCUAAACCAGAGUUAUCAGGAAGUUACUUUCAAAACCCAGUGAAAAACCACUGUGAGAUCCAAUGAAAUGUGGUAAAACUAAAGGCUUUGUUUUUUUUCUGUUUUAGUUUCUGGUCACGUGGUGGCUACCCAGGCAGCUGUUGACGCGGUGCUUAGCGCUGCCAAAGAAGAAUCAAAGCAAUCUCGAUCCGGAGAAGAAAGUGUGGAGGGUGAACCGCAGGAAAAGCGCCAAGCACUGGAAGUAGAUUUGUCCUCACUAGUCAAAGAAGCAGUGUUUGAUGGUCAACAGGUAUGGUGCUGUACCCAAAUGCUUAGUUUGAAGUCUUGUACACGUGCUGACCCGAAGUAGAAUAUGUUAGCCUUUAUUGUGGGCAGUGAUAUAGAGUAAAGUAAAGUCACACCACUGCCAUUUCAUAGGCUGCACUGCACAUAGUUUUAGACUCCAGUGUUUCGUCUAGCGAAGUCUUUGCUGAAGGUCUUGUCUUGUCCUUCGCGUCGCCAAGUAGGUUCACGGUUACCAGUCGUUUUGAUACAAGUUAAUUCCUUCGAGGUGUAAAUAGUUUCACGUACCUGGCUUAAAGAACGAAGAAUAUUCACCCAAAAUGUUUUUCUUGUUCAAUUGCCAACUUUACUUGAAGUAAUCGAAAUCUUUUUUUGCAAUUUUAGCGCUUGAGUUCGUUUCGAAACGACCGGUUUCCGUCAAAUGGUUACCGGUCGUAGUAGGCUCUCAGGUCAGUCACAAAAGAGGUCAGUUUGCGUCCGUUGUCAAAGUGCAUAUCGAAUGUGCAUGUCUUCACAGACAAAUUGGGUUUACGAUGGGCUAACAAUAGUAAGACAACUAAAUCGACUAACUAACCAGUAAGCAGAAUAAUAAACUUUCAACGGACACCAGAAACACUUCUCACUUGGGAUUGUAAUCCGUCAUACUCAUAACUACGCCCCCCCCCCCCUUCCCCCGGGCGUAUUUGGCAUACUGUCUUCUCGUAACAUUGACCAUGAUUAGGCUUUUGAUAUUUCGCAGGUUGAGGGAGUUAUCAGUGAAGCGCAAGAAAAAAGCUCUGCAGAAGGUGAACAGCCGAGAAUGGUUUCCAUCCCUGCACCUUCAUCCCAACAGCAGUCGGACAACACCCAGUUCACCAGUCUAUCACAAGCCAACGAGGAAGGAAAUUUCAUCUCCAUGGCCACAACACGACCUGUCGUCAUGGUACCAGAAUCGGUUCUUCAGUCGGUGCAGGAAGGCGGACAGACAGUGAUUCUUGAAGAUGGUGAGAAUAAACUACAUGUAGCUGUCCGAGACAGAGAACAUUGCACAGGAACUCAGCAAAUGUCAGUCGAACUUCAACACAAUGAAUCAGCUUACGAGAAUAAUGAUGCUUCACCACAAAUCCCUGUCGUCAUGGAAACAGACCAAAGAGUUUCUGUUGCCAUGGAGACCAAUGACGUCGUCCCAGCACCCGUAACGACGUCUCAAGAUUUAGGCGUUUCUAUAGAAACAGAUUCAGAGCAGCCUAAACAGCAAGCGACCACACACGAGAACAGUCUGAAAGUUACCGAGGAAGAACAAAGUCUGCAGGAUUACAAUAUACCGGCCUCAUGUGCUGCGCAAUCUAGUGGCACUGAUCCCAUCAGUGUUUCGCUUUUGUUUGCAAAUAGCCAGCAGCAGUUACCGUUACCUUUGGACGAACCAGCUGUUACUUCUCAUACAGACACUGUUUCAGCAGUAAAUAACACUCCCGCAGUUUUCUCGCAGUAACUCAUCCAGGCGAGCUUUCUACAGUAGACCUCUUAAUCAUGUAUGUUUUGUUUUCCCAAUACAGGUCAUGUGAUAAUACUCUAGGGAACUGUUAUUUUCGCUCAUAGCUACGCAUAGUCAUGAAAAGACAAAGGGUCAAGUUCCCUAGGGACCUCUAUUGGGAAAAUAAAACAUACAAGGUAAAGAGGUUUAUUCUCUAAGGGCCUGUUUACAUGGAGUUGGGGGACCCCAGGUAAGCGAGGUAAUCUGCGGCGGGUCACCACACCUAUCAUGUAAACGUGAUCAAAUUAAAAUGAGAGAUUAUAUGG